AUGACGGCGCUGCCAUCUGCUCAAGCGUUAGCACUACCACCUCCAGAUCUCCAGCUACAUCUCAUUAGUGACAGUGACACAGAUGUCGAUCAGUGCUACCGGCCAGGUUCUAGGAGACCAUCCAACGUGUCUUUGUCUCGUAAAACAAAUGACCCCUUUUCACCACAAGGUUUUACCAUGUUGACUAGAUUGUUCUUUUCUUCCUCUAACAGAAUUCGAUCAUGUCCUCAGUUGGCUGUGCAGAAAAAUAAUGAUUCGCCAUGUUGCGACAUGGCGCCCAUCACUGACAACCAAGGAAACAUUAUCCACAUGUGUCCUGCAUUAAAAACUAAUCUGUAUGUAGACGUUGCUGAGCCCGACACUGGGGGAAUUCGAUCUGCUGCCAGUACACCAACACCACCUUCCUCGCCAGGUAGCAGGCGAAAUUAUGUUGUGUCUUCAUCGUGUGUUUCAAAGUUUCAAACAUGUCCGUGUGAAACGGUCCUGCCCUCGACGACAGCGUUGGGGAUUCAAACGAACACCUACUCCGUUGACAGUCAGAAGGACCGUUUGGACGGAUGGCUGCCGCUAGGAAAUGAAAAUCUCCAGCAACACGACACAUCUUAUCUCAGGAACAGCUGCAGCAACAGCAAUUUCCCUGUCGGAGAUUUUAGCCAACAGCUGCUAGAUGAUAACAAUAGCGAGGUAGAGGAUGGUUCAUCGGUACACAUCAAUGGACGCUUUCCUAGCCACGGUUGUUAUCAUUAUUUCCAGGAUACUUCACUUGAUGACAGCAUCGACAAGUGUAAUAGAUGGCUACAAAGUUUACACAUUAAUACAGCGGACAAGGUGAAAUCCCGUAGCCAUAUCCAAUUACCAACUGCGUGA